AUGAAUGCUGUUGUCAAGGUGGCUGGUAUGUUGCCCUCUAGCACCUUUUGCAAACGCACACACAAAUGCAAACCCCAGCAUAAAAACACAUACAGACGUGCACACAGGUAUGCAUACAUAAGAUCUCCCCUCUUAUGCCUGCCUCGUCAGAAUGAACUCAAGGCGGUCUUUGGCUUCGAGGAGCGCCAGUACCUAAAGUGGAUUCAGUUUUCCCGGAAAAAAGAUAAUGAGGCACCUAGUUUCAAUGGUUCCCAAGGCAAUAGACCACCUCCGGCCUCAAUUAAAGUGGAUCUCGAUCGCCUCGCUUCGAACCAAACGGAUAGAAAAGAGGAAGUUCUGCCAUCUAUGCAUCCAAAGCCAAAUGGAUUCACGGCACAGUAUAGCAUCAUAGCUACCUCAAAGACUUCGCGACUGCCUCAAUGCGUCAUUGAUGGCUCUGGCCUUGCAACCGUUGCCAAGCGCGCUAUUUCGCUUCCCAGCCCGGGGGCGGCGCUAUGCGAUAAGGUAAUGGUACCGAUCCUUCAUUCGUUAAGGCGACAGAAUGAGCGUGGACAAGAGGGCACAGCAUCGCGGGAAUUCUGCUACAAAAUGGCAUUUUGA